GGAGUUUUUGCUGUCAAGAAUCUCUCUGCUUUACAUCCAUCCCCGUCCCAUCACUUUUGGCGGCUUUCACCAUCAAAUUCAUUUCUGAUCGAUCGAAAACAACCAAACCAAGGCCUAAUCAGAGCCUUCGCAUGUACCCCGCCUGCGAUAAAUAUUCAUCCCACAACCAAGGAAAACCCACCAUUUCCAACAACCUCGAUCAAACAUCCAACAUGUCCUCCAACCAGGACACCGCGGCGUCUUCGCUGCAAUACACCUGCAACACCUGUCUCGUCGCCUUCCAUCGCAGCGAUGCGCAGAGAGAUCACAUGCGGAAAGAUUGGCAUCUAUACAACAUGAAGCGCCGCAUCGCUUCCUUGCCUCCCGUUUCACUUGAAGUUUUCAACGAAAAAGUCUUGGCCGCCAAAGCUACAUCCACCGAGGCCGCCGCCAAGGCUUCAUACGAAAAGUCCUGCCACACUUGCAACAAGGCCUUUUACAGCGAGAACUCCUACCAAAAUCACAUCAAAAGUGCAAAGCACAAGCAGCGCGAAGCUCAACUGAGCAAGGACGGCGACUCCGCUUCCGUCAUGAGUUCCGCAUUCUCCCUUGGCGAACCCGUCAAAACCGACGUUAACAACAUUACCGACAACCUCAAGACUACCACCAUUGAAGAACAAAAUGAAGGAGAUGAGGAUACAGAGAUGGAGGAAUUUUCCGCAGCUCGCUGCCUUUUCUGCAAGGACAAGUCUGACGACAUUCACGCCAACGUCGAGCACAUGUUCAAGACUCAUGGCAUGUUCAUCCCAGAGAGAGAAUAUUUGGCAGAUCUCGACGGUCUUGUGCAUUAUCUCUACCGCAAGAUCACGGAGAACUCCGAAUGUCUUUACUGUCACACCAUCAAAGACAACCCCCAUGCUAUCCAAGCCCACAUGCGCGACAAGAGCCACUGCAUGAUUGCAUUUGAAACAGAAGACGAACAAAUCGAAAUCGGACAAUACUAUGACUUCCGGAGCACCUACUCCGACGGCGAGGACGAAUCCGCACCCGAGGAGGGCGGCGUCAAAGUCAACCGCUCAGAUGCUGAUGACCAGGGAUGGGAAACUGAGAGUUCUGCAUCUUCAGUGGACGAAGACGAUAUCGAUUACCACCGAAAGGCACCAAUCGCCGUUGAAGACGACUACGAGCUUCACCUUCCAUCAGGAAAGACUGUCGGUCACCGCUCGCUCAACGUUUACUACCGCCAGAACCUACACAACUACCCCACAGCCGCUGAACGGGCCGAGCGCCAGUUGGCCAUUGAAAACGGAGAAAUUGAAGAAGAGCCCCGCGGCCGCCCCAACCACCACCGUGCCCUCACUACCCGCGCCAACGGUGGCCUGGGUAUGGUCGGAGCCUCCGAAGAACAGAAGCAAGCCGCUCGCGUUGCAGAGCGCCGCGAAAGAACCCGUGGCAUGCGCCAGGAAAACCGCCAUCUUGCACGCGUCCAGAAAGGCGCCAACCACCAGAAGCACUUCCGCGACCCUCUUCUCCAAUGAUUGCUUCAAUCGCUUUACACCAACGAGAACUACAUCUACCUUGUUCCCGCUUUUCGGUAUCAUUCGCGACAAAAUAUCCGCCAACAUCUCACGUCAUCGACACCAUCGCAGAUCUACGGCUUGCACGCUCAUCAAAACCCAGGCCCUCAAGACUGCUCAACUUUUGGCAACUCAUGGACUAUUCGCAGCCUAGCGAUAAACCGACAACUGGGGUACUCUUUCCGUGUCGGGUCAUUUUCUCAA